AUGGUCGGUGGACCUUUUGCGCUUCCAUUGCCCGUUUGGCGUCAAGCAACUUCGGCCCAGAGAGCGGACUCGCGCAAGCGGAAAAGAAGGGAAGGGACACUACCCGAGGAUAACUCUUCCCAGGAUGAUGAGCCUUUGACACCAUCAGCGCUGCCAUCAGACUCCAUCAACCCUCGGAGCCAUUCUCCCGACACCCUCCGCCAGUUUGCUGUUGCGGGUCUCUCCCCAGACGAGGAGGUACCGUCCAAAUUAUAUCCAAGGUUUCCUCAUAGGUCACUGCCGUCAGGAUGGCAGACGGGGGAGGUACCGAGGCGGCGGCGUAGCCGCAGCCGAACGUCGGGCGUGACGAGCGAAUCCGAGGCAGAGGGUGCCGAGACGGACGGCGAGACCGUCCGGCGGCUCACCAAGAACGGCCGCGGCGAGCUCAUGUCCAGCCACGCGGACAUCUUCAAGCACAUGAGCACCCUGAUGGCCAUUCUGCACCGCUGUAUCCACGAGGGCGACAUGCGGCGCGCCAAGCGGGCCUUUGGCCUCCUGCUCGGCACCCGGCACGUCGAUGUACGCCUCAACGACAUGUGGACGUUGGGGACGGAAAUUCUGAUGCGGGAUGGCGAGACGAAUAAACGGCAGCAGGCGCGCUCUAGUGAGGCCUCGACGGACCACAGCCACACCGAUGGUGACGGCCCUGACGCGGCCAAUGGUGAUGCACGUCCACCACCGCCCGCGCGUUGGGGCUCUGCAGACAAUAUGCAAAAGGUCCGCGACUACAUCGAAACACUCGCUCAGCAUCAUCCGUACGAUGUUCAUUUCACUCGCUCCGUCAGCGCGGUUGACUUUUGGCCGGCGCUCUACAAUAUCGAGAUCUACAACGUCGAUGCCGAGCACAGACGGGCAUUGCAUAGGCUGGAGGAUUCGGCCGCUCUUGAAGAUGAAGAUGACGGCAACGACGAAUUCGACAUGCCAUACGAUGAUCAAUACCCAGACGGUGAUGGCGAUGGCGACUAUGAGGCUCGCUUGGAGAGGCGCUCCCAGCAGCGCGAGGCGGUCCGGGCCCGGAAACAGUGUGCAGCGAGGGACGAGAUCCAAAAUGAGACACGCGUGGCAGCGCAACAGAUCGCCGAAAGGAUGGAUAAUUUGAUGAUGGCAGUGCCAUAUACGACUCAUGUCGAACUUUUACGCCUCCGGGGCAUGCUGUCACUUUUUAUUGGUGACUUGCAACUGCCAACCAGGCUAUUGCACCGGUGCAACCUCAUAGGGUACACGACAAGCGAGCUCAGACUUACGACCCUCAAGGAGCGGGUUCGGAAUCAAGUUCAAAGUCAGGAGGACUGGGAGGCUGUGUGGAGGUGGGAGUCUGAAGUUGACAAGGCAAAACUCCAGUUCGAAAAACUAGCUGAGAAGGGCAUACGCCUUGAACCAUGGCUAGCAAAAUACCUAGAACCUGAUGAAGACGUUGACACGUCGCGAUAG